AUGGCGGACGGAAAAGUUGGGAAAGGAGCGAUGGAUUGUAGUUUUGAGAUUUUUAACGCGCCUUCUCGUGGUCGUGGAUUAAAAACAAAAGUCUUUUUGAAUAAAGGAAACCGUGUUCUCUCCUGUGAACCUUACGCUUUCGUUUCAAGAAGCGAAAUGCGUGGAAAAAUAUGUGAUAGUUGCUUGUCAAUGGGCGAUAAUUUACAGCGUUGCUCGGCGUGUAAAAUGGUUUACUAUUGCAGCCAAACGUGUCAGAAAAAAGCUUGGGGAACGCAUAAACUGGAGUGUAAAAACCUUAAGAAAAUGUCUCCUAUUAUGCCUAGCGAUACAGUACGGCUAUUAGCGCUGUUAUUGUUGAAAAAUGAUCCCGCAAAAUGGCUUAGCGAUUUAGUUAGCCAUUCUGAACAAAUACGAAAGGAGAAGAGCGAUGUGUUUGCUUUUAUGUUCGAAAUGUUAAACAAGUACUUAGGUGUUAGUAUGCAGUCGAGCAGUGAAAGAGUAUUUGAGUUAUUUUGCAAAGUUAAUUGUAAUGCCUUUACAAUUUGCGACGGAGAAUUGAAACCAAUAGGUAGAUAUAUAUUUUAGUUUGCUAUUCAUUUUAUUUUGGCUUCGCAUACGCAAGCACUGUUUCCUUAAUAUUUCUUUGCUGAUAACUAUGAAAAGUACUCACAGGCAUUUUAUAUAGUUGUGCAUAAAAGCUACCGUUGUUUGUGUCUCAACUACCUGAAAAAGAUAUCUCAAACGUAGUGGUCCAGUGUAGGUAGUAUUCUACAAAAAGCUGUCGUGGUUUGUGUCUGACUACUUGGAAAAGAUAUCUCAAACAUGGUGGUCUAGUGUAUGUAGUAUUCUACAAUAAGCUGUCGUGGUUUGUGUCUGACUACUUGGAAAAGAUAUCUCAAACAUGGUGGUCCAGUGUAGGCAGUAUUCUAGAAUAAGCUGCUGUGGUUUGUGUCUGAACUACACACGUAAAAAUCUCACAACUUGUCAACAAGAUGUGUUCGCAACAGGCUUGUAGCAAGCUUGUCAACAAGUUGUAACAAUGCUGUUAUUUUAUUAAGUUACUACAAGGUUGUCACUCACAACUUGUUGACAAAUUGAUGAAUUGCAGGACGAUAACAAGUUGUUGGAACAACUUGUAACAAGUCUGUUGAGCUCAACAACCUUGUAGCAAGAUGUCAACAAGCUGGGAACAAGCAGUGCGAACACAUCCUGUUGACAAGUUGUCAGAACAGCAUUGCUACAAGUCUGCUACAGGUUUGUUACAACUUGUGCGUUUUUACGUGUGUACGUGUGGAAAAUCUGCGAUUUCGUUUGUUUUAGGUCUCGGGCUAUACCAGACUCUCGCAUUCUUAAAUCACUCAUGUGAACCAAACUGUAUUGCUGUGUUUAACGGUCCAACGUGUCACAUACGAAGCAUGAAAAAUGUGGAGGAAGGGCAAGAGCUGUGCAUAGCUUAUACCGAGUUGAUGAGACCACAAAGCGUCCGGCAGAAAGAACUGAAGGAACAGUAUUAUUUUGAUUGCAAAUGUUCUCGAUGUCUGAAUGAAAUCGAACAUGGAUCCGAAAUGAACGGCUUGAAAUGCGCAAAGAACGAAUGCUCAAAUGCUGUUGGUUUUUAUUCAGGUUAGGGACUGGUCAUUAUUUAUGGUGGGGGGUGGCACCAAAAGAUACCACAAUUUCGAGAUAAUUUUGAGAUAAAAUUUUAUAGCUUGGUUUCACUCGCGUGAGUUUCACUCACAGCAUUACAAUAUAGAAUUACUUCAAUUAUAUAGGCAUUUCACAAGAUGAAACCUGUUCAGAAUGUGGCUCCGAUGUGCCAAACAAUUACACUUCCCCAAGUAUAACCAAACUUUACAAAAAGAUCGAAUCUACAUUAUCAACUGUCAACCAAAUGACGCUCUACUCAGAAAAACGUACCGAAGCGCUACGUAUAUGCGAGGAGCUAUUGAGCGAAGUGGAGAACAUAUUACAUGCUCAGAAUUUUCAAGUCAUUAAGAUAGUUGACAAAAUUUCUGAUGUCUGCAUCGAGAUGGAGUUGUGGAACAAAGCGAUUCAUUACUGCAAGAGAUCGCUUGGUGGUUAUCUGAAAUUUUACCCCAAGUACCAUCCCAGUACAGCGAUUCAACUCUACAGAAUUGGUAGGUAUAUUGAGAGUGACCCGAUUUACACAACAGACUAAUGCUAAAUGUGGAAGGGUAUUUUUUUAUCAUCAGGAACCCAUUGUGAACCCUUGUUGAUAGUGUAUAUUUUAUAUUGCUAACCACAGACUGUAUAUUUUUCUAUAGGAAAGCUGCAGGUAUAUUUGGAGAAGUUAGAUGCUGGGAUUUCUUCGUUAUCUCAAGCGCGGUCACUACUGGAAAUCUGUUAUGGCAAGCAACAUUCUUUAACCAUACAACUCAAUGAACUCAUAUCACAAACAGUCCAAGACAUGUAUGGACAACAAAACCUCUCAAUGUUAGAGCAAUGA